GUAAAAAUAUUUACAUAAAUAUUUUUGACAUGUUUCGCUUCAAUGAUACCCCCAUCAUGGUUGCACCUUGCAGAACCAGCCAUCAAGAAAGUCGGUCUUACUUGUCUACAUCUCAUUAACUUCGGUUUUGCCUUUCACCUUUUCAAGGAAAAUGUCGCCGGCCUAUGCUUCAUGGCUGGUCCUUCUAUGCUUCCAACGCUCGACAAUAGUGGCGAACUGGUCCUCGAAAGCAUUCUCCCCCAUCGGUUAUUUCCUAAUCAACUUGGAAGAGGGGAGCUUAUAACCUUGACAUCACCCGUUGAUCCUUCUCGCAUUAUUUGCAAAAGGGUAAUUGGCCUUCCGGGCGAUGUAGUUUGCGUCGAUCCAACUGGGCUCAAAGCUCAUUCGACCGAGCAUGUUCUCGUUCCCAAAGGGCACAUUUGGGUUGCUGGUGACAACGCCGCCUGGUCAAAAGACUCGCGCGAUUAUGGUCCUGUGUCUAUGGCCUUAGUAAGAGGCAGAAUCGCUGCCAGGAUUUACCCGCUCAACCGGUUCACCGUCUUCUCUAAGAACGCAACUUACAUCGACCAUUGACACACGGGAUAACAGUCUAGAAUAGACAGGAAUUAUACACUGACGACGUGCUUUCUAAUACAAUGUGGCAUACUGCGAUUUGAGGGAAUUCAAGAUCAAUACUAUCGAGCAAAGUUCAUGGAGUAACCGCCUUGACCAUUUGGUUCAAACUUGAAGUUAGGAAAAUAACGACAUACCCAGUAUGCUAUUGCCGAGGUUCUUCAGUUUGCCCGUCAUCUCGGCCAUUUCUUUCUUCUGAGCCGCUUGCUGGCGAGGUUCAAGAAGCUGCAGGCUCCGCUUGGUCUGUGCCACCUGAGGAGACGUAGGGGGUAGCAAUUCCAGGAGUGACUUGUAAUCUAGAUGAUUUUGCUUAAGAUACGUUAAGGUGCCCUUGAGCAACAAAGCAUACCUUCUUGUGCUUGUGUUAAAGACGAC